AGAAGAAGAAGGUUUAUUUUAAGCUGUCUCUGGGGAGGGGAGGGGGGGUCGACCUUUUCCCACAAUGCACCGGCAGAGAGCUAAGGCGCCUUUUGCUGUCCCUGCCUGUCAACAAGGAGGAGGCUCCGCUUCAUUGAAACAUUAACGCAUGAAAACACCAGCACGCUGCCGCUGUGGAACCCCAUCCUCCGCGUUUCGUCGUUCUCGUUGACCCACAGCGACAUGGCUCCGUUCAGCUUACUGGCAGCAGGUGUUAGCCUGGUGGCGAAGUCCUUCAGCCUCUGGUCCUGCACGAACUCACUGGCACGGUGUACCAGUGUCCUCCCAGUGAAAUGUUUUACCUCCCAGGCCAGCGGCCCGCCAAAGAGACCUGUUAAUGGCUUCGUUAGAUUCGCCCUGCAACAGCAGCCAAUCAUGGCCAGACAAAACCCAGAAGUCAAGUUUGUGGAUAUCAUCAAGAAGAUUGCCGUGCAGUGGAGAACGAUGAGCCCAGAACAGAAACGGCCGUUUGAAGAGGCCUUUCAGCUGGCCAAGGAGAAGUUUAAGGUGGACUUCGAACGCUACCAGGCCCAGCUGACUCCAGCACAGAUCCAGCAGAAAUCCCUGGAGAAGAAGGAGAGGAUGGCCAAGAGGAAGGCCAUACGCAAGAAGAGAGAAUUGACCAACCUGGGGAAGCCUAAACGUCCUCGCUCUCCAGCCAACAUCUACAUGUCGGAGCAUUUUGAGGAGGCCAGGGGAGACAACACACAAAUAAAGAUGAAGUCACUGAUGGAAGACUGGAAGAAUAUGUUCAGCCACCAGAAACAGGUCUACACACAGCUGGCGCAGGAUGACAAAAUUCGCUAUAAGAAUGAGAUGAAAUCAUGGGAGGACCACAUGUUGGAAAUUGGAAGAGAAGACCUGAUCCGAGAGGGGACCCUGUCUGCCAGGAAAAAAACUGCUCAAGCCGCAGCACCCAAGAAAGCUAAAGCGAAGAAGGCCACUGCCAAAGGAAUGUCUACUGCAACCAGGAAGGCAACAAAAAGUAGCUCAACUGUCAGGACGACCACUAAGAGAUAAGAUGUUCGUAUCUACUGAGUCUAGAGAAGAAGGUGUUCAUGAAGACAGGAGACCUGACGACCCAGGACUGUGCCCCCAGUUUUUUUUCUUUUUCAAGCUUGAAA